GGGAGGCAAAAAAGGGGAAGUUUAUCGCAGAAAAUGACGAAGAAGCGACGCUCAACGACAACGAGCAGUUUGACGUAAAAAUGGUAAUAGAGGAAAAUGAAAGUCUGAGGAAAGGCAUGCAUGAAAUUCUUGAAAGUAUUCGGCAGCAAGAUGCGAACAGUGACAUCCACCUUGAGUCCAACUGUUUGGAGCGGCUAUUAGAGGCUUUAGACGCCCGGCACGUGGCCGGUUGGUACCACCCUGCAAUGAGGCUGCAAGCCCAGUUGCAUACCGUUCAGGGAGUGGCCGCAGAGUUAAGAGAACAACUUCGUAUCGCACGGGAACAAGAGAGGGAAUGGAAGCAGCACGUCGGCCUUGCGUUGGAUCGGGGUGAAGGGUUCAGAGCGGCUGUAACAGACGAGGCGGAUAAUCGUCCAGCUUCUCAAAAGAGGAUGUAUAUUCAACAAGAAGGAAAACCCAAGACCUCAGAUUGGAGCAGCGAAAUGAGGAAUUUACAAGGGGAACUGAAAGGGCUGUUCAAUGAAGUGUCUAAAAGCCUACCUCUGAUUGCUAAUGUUCGACGAGAGCACGAAGAAGAGUUGGCGGCUCAAAUAUCUGAUCUGCAAGACUCUAUUGAGGAGUACAAAAGGCAUUUGGACGGGGAAAAAGACCAUUCAGUUGCUGUAUGCGCAGCGAAAUGCGCCACUCAGAGGAUUGCAGAGCGAUCUGCUUUGAGGAAAUGUCACAGUCUGGAAGCAGCGAGAAAAAAUCUAAGCGAGCGAUUGGAAAAGGAAUCGGUCGAAUCAGUUAAAAGGGAAUCUGUUCUUGGACGUGAAAUUGCUGCUUACAGAGAAAACGAGAUAACUCUUCAGAAUAAAAUAAAUAAACUGACUAAUUUGUUGGACCGCUGUGUGCCAAUGGAAGAAUACAAACAAACGCAGAACGAACUAUCAAAUGCAACCGAAACGUUGAGGCAAACAUUACUGGAGAAGGGCAAUAAUGACAACGAGAGUGGAGUCUUGAGGGAUUUGCAGGAGAAAGUGAAAUACUUUGAAUCGAAGGCUGAGAGUCUUACCAAGGAGCUGGAAAAAGACAGGGCUAAUCUCAGAGUCAUGCAGGCGCAAGGCCAAUUCCCCGAUAGUGAUCAACAGCUUGCUGCAUUAGGACAGAAAUUGAGUGCUUUGGAAAUAAGCGAAUCAACGUUAACGAAAAAAGCUGAGCAUGCGGAAAAAAUGUACCAGCUCGCAAAAGCUCAAGUGAUUGAACUUGAAGAAGAAAAGCGUGAAAUGGAACAUCUGUUAUUGAAAAAUUACUCGAUAAAAGACUCAGAGCUAGCAAUUAGUGAAUUCAAACAAAUUCUAGAUGUUCAGGAUGACUUUGCGAAAGUUACAAAACUCGAAUCUGAACUGGAUUUAUCCCGACAAGAAAUCAACUCUUUAAAAAACAUAAUCAACAGCAGAAAUGUUGAAAUGGACACGAUUAGAGAGCUCAAUCAGCAGCUUCAAAGUUCUGGAGACUUACAGGCUACUUUGGGACGGAUCACAGAGGAUAUUUUGUCACUCCGGUUAGAGCUGGAAAAUGUUAAAUUUAAACUACAGGAGAGUGAACGAUUCGUUGAAGAAGAAAAGAGAAAAAAUAAAAAAUUAAAGACAAUGUUGAAGACCAUGCAAGGGGACCACUUUGACUCUGCCAUUGUAAUUCACAGCAGAGAAAGGAUCUACAAGAGGAAGCUGCUCUCAAUUUGCUCUCGGCACACGGCGUGCGUUCCUUUGUCAACAUUCGAACUUGCUUCAAAGUGGUUGGCAUCAACUAGGAGUGAAUUAGACGCAACCAAAGCUGAGCGAAAGGCGUUAGAAGUUAAAGUUGCUGAUUUGGAAACUGAGUUUGAAAAAUUGAAGAUAGUUCAAGCCUCACAGAAUGAACCUCAAAGCGAUCAAUUACAAGAAUGGCAGUCACGAAUUUUGCAGUUGAGGAUAAAGGAAUUGGAGAGCUCGAGGAAAGCAGAACACCUGGAGAAAGAAUGCAAUGAUCUCAAGUGCCAAGUUGUCAGUUUAAAAACUCAUUCAAGGAUGCUUGAAGAUGAGCGACUAGAGCUAGAAAAAAAUUGGGAACAACGACUAAUGAAUUUGGAAUUUGAAAAAUCUAUGAGUGGAGUAGAAAAUAUCGAAAAGCCCAUUGACAAAUCCAAGCAGGAGCCAGAAAUGGUCGUCGAAGAGCUGGAUGAUCCUCAACAAAAAGAAGAGAAACCAAACCAAAAAACCCACCCACAUAAAAAAUUAAUACGAAGGGGUACUUUCACAUCCCUCCAUGACAACACUGAUGUGCUUAAAAAGGAGUUACAAAGCAAAGAAGAAAGAAUCUCUCAUUUGGAAAGGAUGGUCGACGGUCAGCAGGGCGACUCAAGAGCUAAGCUUGCCCUUGAAGCUAUGGUUGCCAGUUUAUCCGAGUUGGUCUCUCUAAAAGAGGCAGCUGUGGUGCGGGCCCGGCAGCGCCUGAAGGAGGCUCACGACGAGCAUUCAAAUGUUACCAAAGAAUUGAGAAGGCAACUUUUUGAUUUGCAAAAUUCCAUGGCAAAACUGGAAGGGAGUAAAGUUAGGGAGCAUACAGCCCCGGAAGUAUCGCAAGGGCCAACAGUAACCAAGCUUUUGACUCAAUUGCACACUGUCGAGGAUGAGCUCAGGGUUUCCAAUCACAGUGCAGGGACUUUAGCAGGACAGCUAAAAACCCUGAGUGGAGAAUUGCAAAAGUGGAAAGACCUUGCAGAAGCCAGACAGACCAAGCUACUGUCUCUUCAAGAAAGAUUUGAGGAAGAGGAGAGUCAAGCGAUGGCUGGAAGAUUUUCAAAUAUCAGGAUUGCUGAAAAAGCUGAGACAGAAAGAUCUGAAAAAGAAUUGAAUUCAGCCCGUUCCAAUAUUGAGUUGGCUCGGUCUCGUCAGGAAGUGGAAAAUCUGCGAGAAAUGGUUGCAAAUAUGCAAGAACAAAUCAAGAAAUUGCAAGGGAAGGUCAACGAAAGAAGGCGGCGCUCUCAAAGUUUUUCUUUGGAAAGGCCAGAAAAACUUACUUCCGAUCCAAUUCCUAAAGUAGUGGAAAAACCUCCCAUGCAACCGAGGUUUGAAAACGCGAAGGUAGCCUCCAUUAUCAGCAAAUUGCAGACCCAGGUCAAACAACUCCAGGAAGAAAAUGAGUCAUAUAAAACCAGGGAACAACUAAUACUCGACCAAAGCAAAGCAAAAACAAGCGAAGUUGUAUCGAGAUGGGAGGAGAGAAAAAAACUGCAAGUGAAAUGCGACAAGCUCAAAUUAAAGUUGGAAGAAUCGGAGGCAACUUGUAAAAAACUGAAGGAAAGUAAUCUAGCUUUGCGCACCUUGAUUGAGCGAUUGGAACGCGAGAAAAUUUUAUUGGACACGCAAAUCAGGAGGAAAACAAAUUCAGUCACGAUUGCAGAAAAGCCAGUUUCAGCUGAAGCUCAACUUGCCAAAUUACGCACAAAACUAGCCACAAACGAGGAAGAGUGUGCAAGCUUGCGUCGACAGUUGGAACACCAUAAAAGAGUGGCUGACGACGUUCCCAGGUUCAGGGCGGAACUUUCGACCCUUCGAGGAAAGUAUGAAACGCAGCGGGAGUCGGCAGUGCAAAUGCAAAGCAAAAUUGCGCGACUGGAGGCGACGAAUUUGGAGCUCAAUCUCAAAGUCGACGAUUUGAGGAAUUCCAGCAGAAAUACUGACAGGGGAGAUGACAGUGACGAAGGAAUGUCGCGAGAAGAGUUGCAACGAACUGUUUUAAUGCUUGGACAGCAUGUGCGAAAACUUCAGGAAAAAUUAAGAAGUGCUCGAGAGGGUUCUGGAGAUUCUGCAUCAGCAGAGGCUAGCCAGAAACUGCAUACAGCUUUAAGAAGGAAACUUUCGCUUGAAAAUGAAGUUUCUCAGUUAAAACAUGAGCGAACUGAACUAAGCGCUCAGUUGCACCAAAAGGUUAAAAUUUUGGUUGAAGUGAGAGCAGCAUUACAAGAGGCGUCGCUGAGGGAAGCAGCACUUAAAUCUGAGAUUGCGAGUUUGAGAAGAAUGAAGUAGCGUUGGUUUUAUAAGACAAUAAAUCUAAUAAAAAUAAUUUUGUGACUCAAGAAU